CCCACCGCCCCCUCCCUAACCAACUCGAGAGUUGGCAGUGGCAGCCACUAGAAAUGGCUGCUGCGACCAUGGCAGGGCUAGAUGCCCACAGGAUGGAAGAAAAGAAGUUGGAGUACUUCUCCUCCAUCAAUUCGAUGGCCAGGAAAAUUAUGCAGGAGAGGGAGAGGAUCAAAGCCGACCACGGCUCGUCGUGGGAGAAGAUGACGCCGAACGAGCAGGACAACGCCAUCGACAACUCUCUCAUGGAUCCUCACAUCCGAGCUCGAUACGCCAUGCACAGAGUGGACCGGGAAGAAGUCGUCUGUUACCCUAAAUUGCUCAUUCAGACGGGUCAGAAAAUAGUCCACUUUGGAGACGAGGACAUCACCUGGCAAGAUGAGCACUCCGCCCCCUUCUCAUGGGAAACUAAGAGUCAGUUGGAGUUCAGCUUGAUCUCAGGAACCACAGAGCAAGGCGCUUCAUCCUCCGACUCCAAGGCCUCCAAGCUGCCUGUGGCCAGCCAGAUCAACAAAAGCACAGCAGGGAACAAGGCGGCCAGCAGCGAGGGCCCAGGGCGGCGGGCCGAGGAGGAGUCGUCCUUCUGGAAGAUCAGCGCCGAGCGGACCCGGCUGGAAGGAGAGCAGGCAGACUUCCAGUCCCUCACCCCGAGCCAGAUCAAGUCCCUGGAGAAAGGGGAGAAGCCCCUCCCCUCGUACCUUCGACUGGAGUCCACCCCUACCAUCAAGGAGUCGGUGUUGGAGGUGGCCGACCCCCAGCCCCCAGCCCCAGCCAGGGCUGCCCCAUCCAAGCCCCGCGCCUCAAAGCCCCCAGCCCCACCGCCACCCGUCCCUGUGGCGGUUCCCGUUGCUGCGGCCGUCACCACGCCGGCCGCCGUCAAACCCGCGGUCGCCCCGCCCGCCACCAUCUCCAUCGCCGCCGACCCCCUGCCGGCGGCCAUCCCGGAGGCGAGCAUGGCGGGGGCGGGCUGGGAGCGCAGCCAGAGCACCCUGCCCUCGGUGGGCAGCGCCAUGGACGAGAUGUUCUCCAGCAGCCAGCUGAGCAAGCCCCCCGUGGUGUCUCCGCGCCACGACCACGGCCGCAGGAAGAAGAAGGAAGCGGAGGCGGAGGACCCGUCGCUGGCCAACAGCCCCACCUUCGCCCAGUUCAACACAAACAACAGCAUCCUGAAGACGGGAUUCGACUUCCUAGACAACUGGUAACCACGGCAACAUAAUCACCCAUCGCAGCCCUGGACCCAAUCAGCCAUUGCCAUCACUCUCAAAGUAUUGCCACCAUGUCAUUGAUUUACUUCAGUUCUUCCAUGUCUUGCUUUAGGAAACACAAAAAAGGGUAGAAUGGAACACAUGUUACAGCCCUCUAUUUAUUUAUGGUGGCUUGUUAGGGCAUAGCGCACUGCUGUUGUUUUUUGAUGCUUGCAUUUUCUAUCACAUGAGCUGCAUUCAUGUGUGUGUGUGUGUGUGUGUAUACACAAACACUCUGGAUCCCAUGGUAUGCACUAGCCUCAUGCUUAAAGGUACAAUCCAGCUAGCACUCUGUUAUACAGGCCUAACCAUGUUUUUGUACUCAUCCAGUUGCCCUUCCUUGUUUAACAAAUAUAGUCAUGUAUGUAUGUUCUUUUAGACCCUGGGUUAAUUCAUUGAUUGUUAUUUUGGAUUCCUGGAGUAUGGGAGAAAUGGUGUGCCACUAUGUACCUCCCUUCAGGAUGAGUGAUGGGGAAGUGGGAUGACGCGCUAGGGAAUUUAACUCCAGGCCAGCACUUGGAAGUCCUGCCACCCUUAAUAAAAGAGCAAUCAAACACUGAACUUCAGCCGCCUGAGCAGCUUUUCGUGAUUGGCUUCCAUGGAGCCAAUCAGAAUGGGACAUUGCAGUGACAUAGGAUUCGCCAGAGAGGGUGCCCUUUCUGUGGGUUUGGAUUUCCAUGUUUGGUUGCUCUUUAACCGACAACUUUAUGUCUCAGACCUUGUUCAUAUUCCGAAUGAUGUGUGGAUUUAUAUGAUGAAAAGCAGAGAAAUAUGCAUGAGUGGUUGGUUACUGCUAGCAUUGUAGCGCAAAAUUCCAUUUUACACUUCUAGAAAACUAUUUUACUGACUUUUCUAUGUCAAAGAAUAUCCAUUGAUUGUAUCCUCAUAUACCAUGUAUUACACUUGUGUGUUCAUGAAAUCACAAUGAAGUGAAUAAACCAAACUCAAAAUGUAA